UUCUUCAACAUUUAAAGACAUUUGAGAUGAAAUAUUCUGAACAACUUUCAAGAUAAUGUGUGGAGGAUCCUGACUUCAAAGACAGCUGUCCUUCCUAUAUUUUUUAUCCAAGCCUUGUUGCUGGAGAGAGAGGAAGUGAAAUACCUGGGCCUUGCUUUACAACUGUACCUAUCAUCUCCAAUUCAUAUGCACUCCAGCACCCCUAUUAGUUCUUUGUUCUCCUUCACUAGCCCAGCAGUAAAGAGACUGCUAGGCUGGAAGCAAGGAGAUGAAGAGGAGAAGUGGGCAGAAAAAGCUGUUGAUUCCUUGGUAAAGAAGCUGAAGAAAAAGAAAGGUGCCAUGGAGGAGCUGGAGAAGGCACUGAGCUGUCCUGGACAGCCCAGUAAGUGUGUCACAAUCCCACGGUCUUUGGAUGGGAGAUUACAGGUAUCUCAUCGUAAAGGUCUGCCACAUGUCAUUUACUGCAGAGUGUGGCGGUGGCCUGAUUUACAGUCUCAUCAUGAAUUAAAGCCCUUGGAAUGUUGUGAAUUCCCCUUUGGCUCCAAGCAGAAAGAAGUGUGCAUUAAUCCCUACCAUUAUCGGCGGGUGGAAACCCCAGUAUUGCCUCCAGUGUUGGUUCCAAGACAUAGUGAGUUUAACCCACAUCUCAGCCUCCUUGCCAAAUUCCGGAACACGUCUCUUCACAGUGAGCCUCUGAUGCCUCACAAUGCAACCUAUCCUGAUUCUUUCCAGCAGCCUCCCUGCACUCCCUUUCCAGCAUCACCCAAUAUGUUCUCUCAGUCACCUAACAGCGCAAGCUACCCAGACUCUCCAGGAAGCUCUUCUGCACCAGGAAGUCCUUAUCAAGUCACAGUUGAAACACCACCUCCUCCUUAUCAUGCAAGAGAAACACCAGGAAACCACACUGGACGUCCUGUACACCCACCUGCAGAGAGUCAGUUAGUGUUGUCUUUGCCCAAUGGAGGUAAAUCUGCAGAUGAAGAACACAAGCACUUCCGACCUGUUUGUUAUGAAGAGCCGCAGCACUGGUGUUCAGUAGCCUAUUAUGAACUCAAUAACCGAGUAGGGGAGACUUUUCAGGCCUCUUCUCGAAGUAUACUUAUAGAUGGCUUUACAGAUCCUUCAAACAAUAAGAACAGGUUCUGCCUGGGGCUGCUGUCUAAUGUAAACAGGAACUCUACUAUAGAAAACACUAGGAGACACAUCGGAAAGGGUGUUCACCUCUAUUAUGUUGGAGGAGAGGUAUAUGCCGAGUGUGUGAGUGACAGUAGCAUUUUUGUGCAGAGCCGCAAUUGUAAUUAUCAGCAUGGCUUCCACCCAGCUACUGUCUGCAAGAUCCCCAGUGGCUGCAGCCUAAAGAUUUUCAACAACCAGCUCUUUGCCCAGUUGCUCGCCCAGUCAGUUAAUCACGGCUUUGAGGUGGUGUAUGAGCUAACCAAGAUGUGUACCAUCCGGAUGAGCUUUGUUAAAGGCUGGGGAGCAGAAUACCAUCGGCAGGAUGUUACAAGUACGCCGUGCUGGAUUGAGAUCCACCUCCAUGGACCGUUGCAAUGGCUAGAUAAAGUGCUGACGCAAAUGGGUUCUCCGCACAACCCAAUCUCUUCUGUUUCCUAAGAAUCAUUUCUGUAGCCUGUCUGUGGGAUGAACACUAUUUGCAGGCAGCUGCCGGUAGAAUUCUCCCAUUGCAGCAACCCUGAAUUUCUGUAUGUAGCUGUAAAUAUAUGAAUGUGUAUAUACAUAGUCUAUUAUUGGAAGGGUGGUGUUGGUGAAUGUUUUAUGGUCCAUUUUGUGAUUAUUAAUAUGGUGCCAGUCUGAUCCAUUGUAUUGCUGUCUGCAGGAAAAAGUUACAGAAAUCCAGAGUCAACAGACAUGUUUUUGGUUUCAGUAAGGCCAGUGUUUAUGUAUAUUGCUUUAAAAAAUUCAAAACUGCACCAACAGAAGCAAACCUCUAUAAUUUACAUAAAUUUUGCACGUCCAGUUAAAUGGCAUGUAAAUUCAUAAGAACUUUCAUGCUAAAGCCAGGCCAUGUUUCCUCUAGUUGACAUUCUGUUUCCAGCUCCUGCCAGUCAGAUGCUUGUGAAAGUCCACAUGGCUCUGACCACAUCUUUUUUUGUCAUUCAUACCUGGUGAUUGAGGCAUGGUGCCUCCAGUUACGCAGAUGCCAGUAAACUGUUAUGGCUAAUGGCACAGAUA